ACCCCGGAAGUGUUUUCGUGUAGCACACAUCAACUCGAUUCACGAUUUUGCGGCACAGAAGUCUGAAAUAGCAAGAUUUAGAUUUCAUCAGUGUGUUGAGGAGAUAAGCCUAGUUCAACGCACCUGCGGAUUUUAACAUUAAUGUGUUGAAGCCUAAUAAUCAGACAAUAUGUUGAUCAAAGUUAAGACCCUGACCGGCAAAGAAAUCGAAAUUGACAUAGAGCCUACGGACAAGGUGGAAAGGAUUAAAGAGAGAGUGGAGGAGAAGGAGGGAAUACCACCUCAACAGCAAAGACUCAUCUACAGUGGGAAACAGAUGAACGAUGAGAAGACCGCUGCUGACUACAAAAUCCAGGGGGGCUCGGUAUUACACUUGGUAUUGGCCUUACGAGGAGGACUGGCCUGUUGCAAAAUUCCCCAAAUCUUGUAAUCGCUAACGUCACCAGAAGUCGCUGGCAGUUGUCGUCAGAGAGGGGACGCUUUGCCACUCCGUGUUUGGCCAUAUCUGAAUUUGUUAUCGAUUGCUUCAGCCAGCUGCAGGAUGGCCGGGUCAGCAGAAAAUGACUGACACCUGUGAUAUUUGGGCUUGCUCACUGUUUCUGUUUUGUUUGUUUCCACCCCAAAACCCAGAAUGGAGUGGUUAAAAGGUUUAUAGCACUGUAGGUUUACACAGUACUUUGACCUUUUUUUGGGUCUUGUUUUGUUUUGUUUGUUUGUUUGUUUUUUCUCUCUCGGUAAUCUAAAGUUGAGUGCCUGGUCGGAUAUUCCUGUAGAAGUCUAUUGUGUUACAAUGUUUGUAUUAUGUCUAAAAAAAAUGAGUGUCGGUGCUCCGGCAUUAACUUUUCAUGCUCACCUUUAUGAAGAGUGGCCGUUAAUAGUGGUAUAUACACACACGCUAAAGUCCACACAUUCACAGUCUGUGUCACAUCGUCGGGUGUUGGGUGAACAUGGCUGUACAUUUGCAAUCAGUCAAUAAAACCAGAGAAUGAUGA